UGGACGCCUCCAUCGGUGCUCGGCAGGUCCGGACCCCUUCGAAGCCCCGCAUGCAGGAGAUCUUCUUCCAGAAGCCGGUAAGAAAAGAAAACGAGGGGGUCGCCAUGUCUACCAUCGCAGCCUUCUACAACGAGAAAUCGAUCCUCAUCACGGGAGCCACGGGGUUCAUGGGCAAAGUGCUGGUGGAGAAACUUUUACGCACGAGUCCUGACCUCAAAGCCAUCUACAUCCUCGUCAGGCCCAAGUCUGGACAGUCGAUGCAGCAGAGAGUAACCGAGAUGCUCAAGUGCAAGCUCUUCGACAAAGUCAAAGAAACCUGUCCCAACAUCAAGGAGAAGAUCAAACCCAUUUACGCCGACCUCAAGCAGGGGGAUCUGGCCAUCAGCAAAGAGAACUUGCAGGAACUCCUGGGGUGCAUCAACAUCAUCUUCCACUGUGCCGCCACUGUUCGCUUCGAUGACCCAUUGAGACACGCCUUGCAGCUGAACGUCCUGGCCACCCAGCAGCUCCUGCUCAUCGCCAGCCAGAUGUCCAAACUGGAAGCCUUCAUCCACUUCUCCACCGCCUUCUCCAACUGCAACCUGAAGCACAUCGACGAAAUCAUCUACCCGGCCCCCGUGGAGCCCAAGAAGCUCAUCGACUCCGUGGAGUGGCUAGAUGACACGAUUGUGGAAGAGAUCACUCCCAAACUGAUUGGCGACAGGCCCAACACCUACACGUUCACCAAGGCCUUAGGGGAGACCGUGGUGGAGCAAGAGAAAGGAAACCUGAACAUCGCCAUCAUCCGACCGUCCAUUGUGGGAGCCAGUUGGAAAGAGCCUUUCCCGGGCUGGAUUGAUUCCUUAAAUGGACCUAGUGGCCUCAUGGUUGCGGCCGGGAAAGGCAUCCUGCGGGUCAUCAAGGCCACCCCCGACGCUGUAGCCGACGUGGUCCCGGUGGACAUCGUCAUCAACCUGACCCUGGCGGUGGGAUGGUACACGGCCGUCCACAGGCCCAAAUCAACUCUGAUAUACCACUGCACAACGGGCAACCUCAACCCUUUCCCCUGGGGAAUGCUAGGGUACCACGUCCUGAAGACUUUCCAAGAGUCGCCCCUGGAGAAAGCCUUCAGGAGACCCUGCACUGACUUCAUUUCAAGCAGCAUCACGGCUCACUACUGGAACGCCGUCAGCCACGUAGGCCCGGCCGUCCUCUACGACUUCUACCUGAGGAUCACGGGAAGGAAGCCCAGAAUGACAAAGCUGGUCAACCGACUGCUCAAGUCCCUUUCCCUGAUGGAGUAUUUCAUCAAUCGGAGCUGGGAAUGGAGUACGUACAAUACGGAAAUGUUAAUGGGGCAGCUUACUCCUGAAGACCAAAAACUAUUCAAUUUCGACGUGCGCAAGCUGGACUGGUUUGAGUACGUUGAAAACUACUGCAUCGGGACCAAGAAAUACCUGCUGAAAGAAGACAUGUCCAGGCUUCCUGCCGCGAGGCAGCACUUAAAAAGGCUCAGAAACAUUCACUACCUCUUCAACACCGUUGUCUUCCUCAUCGUCUGGCGGGUCUUCAUCGCCCGAUCGCAGAUGGCUCGGAACGUCUGGUACUUUGUGGUGAACCUCUGCUAUAAAUUCCUUAACUACUUCAGGGCAUCCAGCACCCUCGGGCACUGAGAUCUUAGUCAAAAACCAACCGCCUCCCAACGACCCCAGAACCUCCUCUAAAACAGCAACAGUGGGUGUCGGGAUUUCAAAGCCGUUUAAGAACCUGCCCGUUCCCAUAACCCUCCGCCUGACCAUCAUGUAGUUGCCAGAA